GGGAUGAGCGAAUGCAAAUUUAGCGUGAAUUUGAAAGUCGCGGUAGCACCCGGCAGGGUAUUUAUAAGUGGGUUGGUAACGCUGAUUUGUUUUUUAUUUUCGUGUUAACCUCAAAUUUGUAUUGGACUAUUAAACAUAAAAAUGGGGAAAAGACAGCAUCAGAAGGAUAAAAUGUACUUAACCUAUACAGAGUGGACCACUUUGUAUGGGGGUAAAAGGGCAGGUCCGGUUAUCGACGAUCUUGCUUUCAAACGCUUGCCCUUCGAUCAUUGCUGCUUGUCAUUGCAACCCUUCGAGGAUCCUUACUGUGACGACAACGGCAACAUAUUCGAUUUGCAGGCGCUUCUACCGUUUCUCAAAAAGUUUAAAGUCAACCCCGUCACCGGCAGCCCCAUGGACGUUAAGGCGUUGUUUAAACUAAAUUUGCACAAAAACGCGGAGGGCGAGUUUCAUUGCCCCGUAUUGUUCAGGACGCUGACGAACAGCUCGCAUUUUGCUGCCAUACGGACGACGGGAAACGUCUACUCAAUGGAAGCGAUCGAACAGCUUAACAUUAAGAAUAAGAAUUGGAAAGAUUUGAUUACGGACGCGCCGUUUGAGAGGAAAGAUGUUAUCGUUCUGCAAGAUCCUAGGGAUUUAACUAAAUUUAAUAUCUCGCUGUUUCAUCACGUUAAAAAUAAUUUACGAAUGGAAACUGAAGAGGAGGUGGCCGAAAGAGGAGAUCCCCAAGCGCGUAUAAAGAAAAUGAAUCCAGAAACGAAACACACACUGGAAGAACUGGAACGCGACUAUAAAGAGCCGACCAUAAAAAUUCAGGGCACCCCGAAAAGUACGGAGAAAGCGGAUAAGUUUAACGCCGCCCAUUACUCGACGGGCGCGGUGGCGGCCAGCUUUACCUCAACAGUUAUGGCAGUAGAGCUGACGCACGAGCCGGCCAUCAUGCACGAGGAUCUCGUCCGAUACUCCAGGGUGAAAAAGAAGGGUUACGUACGAUUGGUUACGAACAUUGGACCUUUAAACCUCGAGCUGCACUGUGAUAUUGUUCCAAAAACCUGCGAAAAUUUUUUAAGGCAUUGUGACAACGGAUAUUAUGACGGCACUAAGUUCCAUCGUUCGAUUAGACAUUUUAUGAUUCAAGGUGGUGAUCCGACAGAUUCCGGACAAGGUGGUAAAUCAAUUUGGGGAAAACCGUUUGAGGAUGAGUUUAGACCAAAUUUAACUCAUACAGGACGCGGCGUACUUUCCAUGGCCAACUCUGGGAAAAAUACCAAUGGAUCACAAUUCUUUAUAACGUUUCGUUCAUGUAAACAUUUGGAUAAUAAACACACAAUAUUUGGUCGACUGGUUGGCGGCAUGGACACCUUAACGAUAAUGGAGCGCAUUGAAGUUGACAAUCAAGAUCGUCCAAUAGAGGAUAUAAUUAUAGUUAAGGCCCAAAUAUUUGUAGAUCCAUACACUGAAGCAGACGAAACGCUGAAGAAGGAUCGUGAAGACGAGCUCAAGAGGCAAGCUGAAGAGGAGUUGGCCCAAAAAAGGAAGGUGGAAGCGAAGAAACCAUUAACAGUGUAUAAGUCAGGUGUGGGAAAAUAUAUUAAUCCUCAGGUUACUAAAAGCAACACUAAAAAUGAUGACGAGGGGGCACUAACAGUAAGAAAGAAGAAAAACGUUGCGUAUAAUUUUAAUUUUAAUAACUGGUAGGGCAAUAUGUAUUAAAUGAUUAUUUUUUUGUAAAUAUGUAGGUAACUAUCUUAAAAGUUUUGAAUGUAAGGCUUGUUUAUUGUUUCGUUAGUGUGCAAUAACAUAUUCUUACUGUCUGAGAGCAAAAGUGUGGUUGGAGGACUUCGUGGGUGAUAUGUACGUCUUUCUGUUUCUUCCAGAAGCGCAACUCUUAUCUACUAACGAAUAAAAAAAUGAGAUAAAAUUUUCAAACAAUACGCAAAUAUUUCCAAACGUUCCACACCCAAUAGCACAAAAUUCUUUGCAAUUAAAUAAACAAAUGACAAUGCGGCUAUAAACAAAAUUUAAAAUCGACUAAACCACGAAAAACUGCUUUCCAUUCGAGUGUGUGAAGCUCUGGUGCAGUUCGUUCGGAGCAGCUCAUUUUGCAAGUUGUUCAUUUGAAUUGACAUUCACAGUAAGUAAAUAACCACAAAAGUGUUUCAAGCCCUGAGGAAA